GGAAGCGGCUCCCAGGCCUGCUGCUCGAGGGAACGGGGACGCUAGGCCGAGCCGAGGGCGGGCGCGCCGAGCGAAGGGCUUCCGGGAGCGCCGCGUGCGCUCGGCGGGCGGGAGUUGUGGCCUGGUGCCUGCCGCGCGCCUGGCCCCGCCCAGGGCUCGCUGCCAGGGGUUUCCAUGGUGACGGUAAACAAGCCUCAACUGCCUCGGCUACAACUGCCAAGUGCCCCGCGUUCCGCCCUGUAGGUGCUCAGAGGGACGGGCGAGGUGCCGGAUGUGAGGAAGAGGGGGAGCGUGGAGACUGAGCCCAAGGACUGUUCGUUGCCUACUAGGAUUCUAUCCCAGUUGUGGGCAUACAUACCCUCUUGUGCUUUUAAGCCACAAAAAUCUGCACCCAAGCUUGUUUGACAUCUGCCCUAUAAAGUGUCCAUGAUGCUGGGCCCUGAGGGAGGUGAAGGCUUUGUGGUCAAGCUCCGUGGCCUGCCAUGGUCCUGUUCUAUUGAGGAUGUGCAGAAUUUCCUCUCCGACUGCACGAUUCAUGAUGGGGCCGCAGGUGUUCAUUUUAUCUACACUAGAGAAGGCAGGCAGAGUGGUGAGGCUUUUGUUGAACUUGAAUCAGAAGAUGAUGUCAAAUUGGCCCUGAAAAAAGACAGGGAAAGCAUGGGACACCGGUACAUUGAGGUGUUCAAGUCACACAGAACCGAGAUGGAUUGGGUGUUGAAGCACAGCGGUCCAAACAGCGCUGACACCGCCAAUGAUGGCUUCGUGCGGCUUCGAGGACUACCAUUUGGAUGCACCAAGGAAGAAAUUGUUCAGUUCUUCUCAGGGUUGGAAAUCGUGCCAAACGGGAUCACAUUGCCUGUGGACCCCGAGGGCAAGAUAACAGGGGAAGCCUUCGUGCAGUUUGCUUCACAGGAGUUAGCUGAGAAGGCACUAGGGAAGCACAAGGAGAGAAUAGGGCACAGGUAUAUUGAAGUGUUUAAGAGCAGCCAGGAAGAAGUUAGGUCAUACUCAGACCCCCCUCUGAAGUUUAUGUCUGUGCAGCGGCCUGGGCCUUAUGAUCGGCCUGGCACAGCCAGGAGAUACAUUGGCAUUGUUAAGCAAGCAGGCCUGGAUAGAAUGAGAUCUGGUGCCUACAGUGCAGGCUACGGGGGCUAUGAGGAGUACAGCGGCCUCAGUGAUGGUUAUGGCUUCACCACCGACCUCUUUGGGAGAGACCUCAGUUACUGUCUCUCGGGGAUGUAUGAUCACAGAUAUGGAGAUGGCGAGUUCACUGUCCAGAGCACCACUGGGCAUUGUGUCCACAUGAGGGGGCUGCCAUACAAAGCCACUGAGAACGACAUUUACAACUUCUUCUCUCCACUCAACCCAGUGAGAGUUCAUAUUGAGAUUGGCCCUGAUGGAAGAGUAACCGGUGAAGCCGAUGUCGAAUUUGCCACUCACGAAGAAGCCGUGGCAGCUAUGUCCAAAGACAGGGCCAACAUGCAGCACAGAUACAUAGAACUCUUCUUGAAUUCCACAACAGGGGCCAGCAAUGGGGCAUAUAGCAGCCAGAUGAUGCAAGGCAUGGGGGUGUCUGCCCAGUCCACAUACAGUGGCCUUGAGAGCCAGUCUGUGAGUGGCUGUUAUGGGGCUGGCUACAGUGGCCAGAAUAGCAUGGGUGGAUAUGAUUAGUUUUGUAGGAGCAUUUGAGUUAUUUCAAUCAAAUUUUCACACGCAGCCAACAAGCAGUGAAAAGCAGUUAUUUCUCUAGAGGAAGCUGUGGGACCCAUUUUGCACCAUGAGUUUGUGAAAUCUGGAUUAAAAAAUUACCUCUUCAGUGUUUUCUCAUGCAAACUUUCUUCUAGCAUGUGAUAUUGAGUAAACUAAAACUAUUUUCAGCUUUUCUCAAUUAACGUUUUGGUAGUGUACUUCAAAGUGAUGUUAUCUGAGUUAAAGUAGUUUUGAGUACGUUCAGUGUGGAUCUUUUACACCACAUCACCAAGAACACAUUGGGGAGACAUGCUUUUUUUUUGUUUUGUUUUAUUUUUGGAAAACUCAAGGUGCUAGAUCCCUAAUUCAAAGAGGAACAUUUCUCAUGUUUGUUCAUUCUAGUUUAUUUUCAUUUAAAAUCUUUUAGGUUAAGUUUAAGCUUUUUAAAAAGUUAGUUUUGAAAAUUGAGACACAAUACUAAUACUGUAGGAAUUGGUGAGGCCUUGACUUAAAACUUCCUUUGUACUGUGAUUUCCUUUUGGGUGUAUUUUGCUAAGUGAAACUUGUUAAAAAUUUUUGUUAACUAAAUUUUUUUCUUAAAAUAAAGACUUUUUCACAAUGACUGGCACAGACUAUCUACUCACCAAAAAGUAGCAAAAUGGCUGGUUGGUUGGAGAGAAUUCCUUUUAAUACUUAAGUGUGAAUUUUAAAAUAGUUUUAGGGCAUGAAGUCUAUGUUUCCCUUAUUCUUAAAAUGAGGCUUAAACAGAUGUUUUUUAAUUGUUACGUGGAAACGGUGGAAACAAUGGAAACGGUGAAUAUCUAUUUGGCAAUAGAAGCACAGUCCCAAUCUCCUGUGACAUGUGUGUUUCAUUCUUUGUCAGCGAUUUGUAAUGUCCUGUUCAAGUCUCAUACAUUGUUAAUAUUAAGCUAGGGAUUCCUUAGUUUUGAGUGCUACAUAUAUUAAGUUUCUUACAUAAAAUGAGCUGAUAAAACCUUUUUCAUUUCUAUAGACUCAUGGGUUAGCAAUUACAGGUGAUUGCAAGGUACACUUUCUCAAGCUUGACCUGCCUGCAAAUUGUCACUAGAAAUUUUGUCAUCCACUAGUGAGCAGUGGAAAGCAUUGUCUAAAUUCCAGACAGUUCUACACAGUUACUACCAUAACUUUCAACUUUUAUGACACACUAAAUAAAACCAUCAAGACUUUAAAAUGUGAA